CGUAGCGUAUGAAGUUUCAAUUCAAGACUUUUAUUCGUUCUAACCCGGUGACCGGCGCAGAAUAAGAGAGGAAAUUCAUACAACUUGGCGGCCAAGGAGGAAAAAGAAACAGAAAAAGGAAAGGAACUUUCGUUGCGAAGUUGAUUCAAAAGUUUUAAUUUUUAAACAGCAGCUACCAUGAUCUCUUUGUCCUGCAGAGUUAUGAAUUUGAUGUUGAAGCAGCAAUAAUUAUCUUAGCAUGGAGACAGAGCAAGAAUUGGAAUGGGCUGAAGCCCAGAACAUGGUGUUCUUAAGCGAAGACCUCGUGGCCACGGCUAAGCAACAGCUUCUGUUUCUGGCAGAGGUUGAUAGGAAUCGUUGCCUUUAUGAUGGUCCAGUUUUACACAGAGCUAACUACAGGUAUAAAUAUUGUUGGCUUCCUUUACUAGCCAAACAUGCUGAGUCACAUGUGACACAAGACCCUUUUGUUGUUCCUCUUGACUGUGAAUGGAUUUGGCACUGUCAUAGGCUUAAUCCGGUGCGUUACAAAACAGACUGCAUGGAACUGUAUGGGAGAAUACUAGGUGAUCGGAAUGUGGUAUCUUCAACUCAGGGAACCAGCAAAGAGGAAAGUGAAAAACUCUGGGAGACAAUGUAUCCAAGUGAGCCAUAUGAACUUGAUCUAAACAAUGACUCAAUGCAAAAUUUUGCUGAAAAUUUCUUGGAAGCCAAACAAAGUAGCACCGACUAUGAUCUGAUUUCAGCAGUUAAAAGGCAGACCACUUUCUUCUAUCAGGUUUCAAGGCCUUAUUGGAAUGAUGAUACUUUUCUUGAAGGAGCUGUGGCCAGAUACAAGGGGUUUCUGCAUUUGAUCAAGAGGAAUAGAGAGAGGCAUGUAAGCUGCUUUUGUGUUCCAACUUAUGACAUUGACCUAAUCUGGCACUCUCAUCAAUUGCAUCCUGUGUCUUACUGUAACGAUCUAGUGGCAAUUAUGGGCACAAUACUAGAACAUAAUGACAUGGAUUCUGAUCGGACCAAGGGCCAAAAGCUGGAUGCUGGCUUUUCUGAAACCACCACACAGUGGGAAGAGACAUUUGGUUCAAGAUACUGGAAAGCAGGAGCAAUGUACAGUGGUAGUCCACCAUCACCUAUUACUGUUGAUAAGUAUAAAAUAGAUGCUAUACACAAAAUCUCAGCUCCAUCCAAUAAGACAAACCAGAAUGUGAUUCAGCUUCCACAGAAAAUGCUUGUGCAGGUGAUGCUUGAGAUUGUUGAUGUGAGAAACUUACCUUUGGGGCAUACAGGCAAGCUACUUGUAUCCUUCAACAAGAAACAAGAAGACGUGCUUUUCAAUACCAAGAAGCAAUUAUGCAUUUCCUCAGAGUCACAAGGGAAACAAGUUGCUGUUUUCCAAUGUGAAAGUAAUGGAGAGUUAGUUCUUGAACUCAUUUCUCGCCCAAGUUUCAAUUUUAGAGGAGUAAGGCCAGCCAAAGUAUUGGGAAAAACUUCAAUCAAUCUGGGGGAUUUGCAAGAUGUAGCAUCUAAAUUGCCAAAAGAGAAGUGGUUAGAUUUGACAUCUACAGUCAAUUGGUCAAAGCCUAUUGGUAUUCGCAUUGGUUUGUCUUUAACUCCUCCAGUUUCGGCACCAUAUGAGUUGCACUUUGUUUCUAUGUAUCCAUUCAAAGGAAGUUAUUUUUCCUUCCUGCUUCCAAGAAAGUUCCAGCAAACAAAAUGUUGGACAAAUGUUGUGGAUGAAGCUGGCAAUGAGAUCAUUCACAUCCAGAAAGGUAACUUGUCAAAUGAGAAGACAAAGAGUAGUAUCAAUAAAGAAGUGAUUGGCAGGACUGCAUCCGGUGAAACUCAUCUUCUUGCAGAGUUAAAAGGAACAAUGUGGUCUAUGAUGAACUCUGACUGGAUGCUACAGAUAAAAAAGACCAGCGCUGAAGAUCAUAAACGUGUAUUUGAACUCACAGGCACUCGGAAGGUGAUUAUUUUUCCAGGUAGAAAAUUGGAGUAUGGAACAAGAUACUACCGAAAUGAAAAAGGAAAUUGCUUCAUGACAGCAGUAGAAUUCUCUGGAACACAUCCUUAUGGAAAAGCAGUGGCUUUGAUGGAUUUGGCAAAUGGAUUUCUGGAGAUCAAGGAAGAGUGGCUGGUCUUGCCUGCCUUAUUGUCUGCAUUUGUUCUCUCUAAUAAUUUUCCUGAUUUCAGUAAUGAGACUGAGAAGGCGAAUGGGACUAAUGCAUAAAAGAAAACCAGAAAAGCUGCCGAAAAAUACAGUUGGCAAAUGUUAUGUUACGUUCCUUUCCUCUAGAAAAAUCCCAGGAUAGGAAACUGGUCCAUAGUGACUACUAUUUAAUGUGCCUCGUUUGUCGGCCAAGCACACUUUAUACAAUAAAAAAAUUCUUGGAAGUUUAGACAAUAGACCUGUGUACGGUAGGGUCACUUUUUAAGGUACUAACACCUUGGUGUAAUCAGUUUUAGACUUUAGUUUUAACUUUGACACAAAUCAUUUGUAGCGGA